AUCUUCGCACAUGUUUUGCGGAUACUGCUCUAUAAACAUGCAUCGCCGACGGCAUGCGGCAACGGCGGACGGCCUUAGAACCGGCCACUCGCCAGUCAACUGUCGAUCGAGAAGCAGAUUUAGAUGUAUACAUUAUGAGUUGCGAUGCGAUCGUGUACUUAUAACAACGGUUUUUGUUAGUCAAAAGGGAAGUAUUAAACGUUAUUCGUAAAUUUUUGUACUGAAAAAAGUUUAAUUAAGUGGUCAGUGCUUAUGUGUGGGUGUUUAAUGAAACACUUAAUUUUAAGUUAUAUCGAGUGAAUUUUUUGUAAACCAAGCAAACAUGCCUUGGACAGAAGCAGAGAAAAAACUUAUGAUUGAAAUUCGGUCGUUGACUUCUAAGAGUCUUGUCAACCCCGAGUAUGAAGAAAUUACCGACUCAAGUAUCUCGGAAAUUUCUUCCGACAUAGGGGGUCAGACAGAGCAACACCACAAGAGCGAUGAUUCAACUCGGGGUGGUAGUAGCUGUGAGCGCGACUACCACGACUGUUCGAUAGUCGUCGUAACUUCCAAGAACAAAGAUAAGUCCAAAGGGUCCAAUGUCACCGACGAUUCCUGCGUCGACAUGUCUAUUUCACCAGCGAGCAGUAACGCAAAUCAACUUUAUUAUGAUGCAGAUGACGAGCACACGGCGUUCGGUGAUAACGAGACAUUUUGCGCGUACGACAACUUUGAUAUACUACCAAAUAUAGUAGCCGGUUACGACGAGUCGAGCUGCACAUUCGAUCAAAAUCCAGUCUCAAAAAAUUACUUGAUCCAGAGUUAUGAUCCUCGUUUUUACGAGGAUCCUGAUAUUUUUGGCCCCAGUGGUAACAACGACCCCCAAAGUUUCAAUCCUGAUUAUGAUGAGCCCGCAAAAAGAUAUUUAUUGAACAGCUACGAUUCCCGUUUUUGCUGCGAUGAUCCUAAUACUUCUACAAUCAAUAUCUGCGAGCACAGUUCGUUUCCUAUUGACGCUGAUUGUUUUGAUAUCAAACCAAACAUUGAUUUCCACAGUGAUGAUUAUGAUAACGUUUAUACCUCGCGCAUUGCCCUCGAUGUUUACGACCAGAUGAAAAAGUCAAAAGCUGACGAACAAAAUUUAUUCAAAAGAAGGAAAGAUUUUGCUGUAUCCAGCAACAGUUAUUACAACAAAGAAACAGAUAAAUUUUUGAGCAAUUGUCAAGAAAAAGCUGAUGAUUCUUUUGAUCUCAAUAAAAACCAUAAUAAUGCAGAUGCUAGCUAUAUGAGCAACACUGAUGUUCAUAAUAUUUACUUUACUGAGAAUAGUGAUGACGCAAAAAAUGAUUGCAAUAAUGUCAAUAGCAAUUUUGUUUCUCACAAUUUUCAUGAGAAUAAUUGUUCAGAAAAAAACUUUAGUCACAAUAGUUUAAACAAAUUUAAUAUACGCUCUAGUAACGAUUUUAAACAUAGUUGCAUAAAUAUGCUUAGCAGCAAUACAAGUACUCAACAAAAUGAUUUUCUUAAAAUAAAAGUUGAACCUGCAGAUGAUAAUUGCAAUGACAGAUUUAGUUUCAAUGAAAAAUACUGUACAGAUGUUUACAGUAAUCAUCAUUUGACAAAUGAUUGUAGUAUAGAAAAAUUGGAAAGUGUUACUGAAAAUUGUAAUUUUGAAAAAUUUCAGUACUUGAAAUUUACAUACAUUCACAGUGAAGAAAUGAAUUAUUUUAAAGAAGGUAGUUUAGAUAGCAGGAGCAAUUUCAAUAAUCGCUCCAUGCUUGACAAAAAUUCAACUCACUCAGAUGGAAGCUAUGAUUCAGACUACGAUGAAGAAAUUAAUAAUAUGUUAGAUUCAUUGGUCCCAGAAGAUGAAGACGGCGUAACAGACCCUUUAGAUAACAAAGAGAAUAAUAUUUUAGAAGAAAAAACAAUAGAUGAUAACUUGGACUUGAGAAUAAAUAAAAUUGAAGAUGUUAAUAGUGCAGAUAAUAAUAGCGAACUAACAGAAAAUCCUGAUUGGUAUGAGAAAAUGUUACAAGACAAAAUUAAAGAAGCCAAAAGACGUUUAGAAUGUGUAAGUAAUCAUGCUUGUUGCGUUGACAACAUAUCAAGAGCCUAUAUACUUCGUAUGGAGCAAGACCACAAUGCACCUUUAUGUCAAAUGGAUAUACCCAGGCAUAUACCAUUAAAUUUACCUUGGAACAAUUUUUGGAAAUUCACUUGUGAAGUUGGUUGUAAAUAUAGAAAAGACCCUCCCCCAGAGCAUGCACAUGUUAAUUGCGAAGAAUUGAUGAUGGUGCACAGUGAAACUGAUACAGUCAUCAAUAGUAAAAGUUCGGCAAAUUGUGAAUUUCCAGAUUUCAUUAUAGAAACUGUUAAUAUGUUUCAAGAAUUUGCAUAUAAAACUACAAGAGAUCCAAAUUUUGAAAUAACUGAUGAAGUAUAUGACACUUUUUAUGAAAAACCAAUAUGGACAUACAUCACAAUCAGAUCCAAUUACAACAACGAAAUUCAAUUGACAGUUUGUGGCAAGGGUGUUUCUGGGCUGAUAAAACCCUUAAAAAAAUAUUUCACUACUGGAUCCGGAAAAGCUUGCAAUGUAACAUCAUUGUACUACAUAAAUCAAAAGAGAUCAUUGAAAAAAGGAGGGAACUCCAUUCCUUUAUAUUUAACAGGAACAUUACAGCUAAUAGAUAAAGUUGCAAAUUUAGAACUGAUUUAUAAUCCUAAAUCAUGGAAAUCAUUUAACUCCAAACAGACAGAGCUUAUGGGAAAUUUUUUGUGUAAUUAUUUAGAUCCUAAUCCUGAGAUAACUGUACUUGAAAUUGGUUGUGGUAUUGGAGUCCUCAGUUUGAUUCUCUCACAAAGAGCUAAAGAAGUUAUUGGCCUAAAUUUAUCAGAAGAUGAACUUGCAAUUGCUGAGGAGAUAAAAAAUCAUAAUGCAAUACGAAACGUAGAAUUUGUCCAGUCUGGUCCUAAAGAAAUAUAUGACAAAUGUUGCUCAAAACUUAGUAAAUCAUUAUCUGUAGCAAUUAUCAAUUUGAAUUCAAUUUAUGGAAAAUAUCCUUCAACAAUAGCAAUAUUGAGAGAUUUGCCUAGUAUUGGAAGAGCCAUCAUUUAUGGCCCUUACACUCAGGAACAUGCAAAGUACUUUAGUAUGUUAACAUCUCCAGGAAGAAAAUAUAAAGAUGAAUUUUUACCCAGGAAAUCUUGUAUCAUUGAUAAAUCUCCAAGCAAAGUUGAUGCAUUUAACAUUGCAAUUUUAUUUGAAAGACACUCUCUUGUUGAUGCAAUUACUGGAGAAUUCAGAACUGAUAUUGAUAAAUCAUUGUGGUCAGCCAGAGAUGAAGCUCAUAAUAAGGGUCGCCAUAGAAUUUUUAAUUCUAGUCUUGAAGAUACUUCUAAGGGUACUGCAGAAAUUAAACGUGUAAAGCCAAAAAAUUGGCUCCCUAUUAAAAAAUUAGAUGCAGAUGUACCAUUGAAAAAGAAAGACUUGAAAAGAUUGUAUGAUUUUUAUUCACCAAUAUCUUCUAAAGUUGCUGAAGAACGUCAGGAAGAAAGAGAACAGGUUAUAAAACUAGAAAAUGAGAGAAUGGAAGCAUUGAAAUCUUUACGAAUCAAUAGUGUUUCUUCAGAUUGUUCAGAAACGUCUGUUAAGAUAAAAUCCGAACCAUCUGAUUCAAGUUCUUCUAAAUCUCCCAGAUAUGGACCUUUGCAACUUACAAAAGAACAGAUGGAAGAUCCAAAUUAUAAUCCAUUUAGAAUAUCCAAACCGCAUGAUUAUUCAAAAUUGGAGCGUAUACCUGCUACAUCUUCAUAUGCAGUUAAAUUGGUUAAUAACCGCAAAAUUAAACGUAUUGCUUACGAUAGUCCAUUAUUGCCUAUGGAAACAGAUGAUGAUAGCGCAUCAUCCUCCUCUAAACAAGGUUCUAAUACUGAUUCUUCAAAGCAAAGUAAUAAGCAACAAUUUAAAUUAAUAUGGCCUGAAAUUGUGAGUUUACCACCAUGUAAAUGGGAUACUCCAAGUCCAUCUUCUAAAAGAAAUUCAACAUCUAGUAAAAAAAGUAAUGAGAGAUGGGAUACUCCAAGUCCACCACCAAAAGAAAAAGAUGAUUGUUGGAAUUCUUCUUCAAAAUCGUCUCCACUAUUCUAUACUCAAAAUGUUCCAUUUUUUAAACCAAUAACUUACAACGAGUAUGACAGCAGCAGAAAAAGUUCUAGUCUCAGUCCUUCUCGUGAUUUUCUGGCGAGGAAAACAUCAUCUUCCUACCAUCGCAGUUCACUAUCAUCACCUCGCAGGCGAUCACCAGAACAUCGUUAUUCCGCACGAGAUAGGUGGAACUCUCCGAGUCCACGUAGGCGUUCGUCGUAUCGUGCAACGACUCCAACGCGUAUUAAACGGGAAAUUUCAAGUCCAAGGCGAAAUUCAUCGUACCGAUUAUCUACCCCAACACGCAUUAAACGAGAAAUUUUAAGUCCAUCUACUCCAACGCGCGGAAGGCGGGAAACUUCAACUCCACGGCGACAUUCAAAGCGUUCAUCAUCUACACCUACUCGUGAUGGAUGGAAUACUCCGAGUCCACGACGGGAAUCAUUGUAUAGAUCACCUACACCAGAACAAUUUUUAUCUCGUAGUGUUCCUUCAAUCGUUGAUAAAGCCAUUGCAUUGAUGAACCGUGAAAAUAAAACUUCAUCUCUCAAAACGAAAUCAAAACUAGAAAAACGAGAAAAACAAGAAAAACGAGAAAAACAAGAUGACAGCGAAAAUGAAGAACCUGGUGAACGUGUUGAGCAAUUAGAAACUGUGAAUAUUGCCAAUGAUGAUGAAAUUGAAAUACUGCCGUUACCUCCUAAAAAAGAGAUUAAAUGUGAAGUACUAACGGAUAGCGACGAUGAAGCAGUUCAAACCAUUAAAUACAUAGCCAAGCCAGUCUCGAUCAAGAAGGAACCCGGCACAGAUUCAGAAUCGCUCAAGGAUAAAACUGACGAGCUUGAUUUGCAGCACAUGAAAACACCAGUCAUCACUCCAGCAGCUUUGAAUCUUCAGGAAUCUUCAAAAAAAAUUACUGACUUCACUAACACUGAAGGCUUCCAAUUCCAGAUUCACUCAGAUCAUUCGUAUUUAGAAAUGUUAUCGACUAAAGGUAAAAUGGAUCUGAAUACCAAAGUAGUUGAUAAUCAACUAGCAUCGAAAAACGUUGCUGUAAAAGAAAGAAACGUAAAAGAUAAAGAUGAAAUACAUACCUCCAAAAAAAGGAAAGGUGUAGAUGGGGAUCUGAGAUAUCUCAUUGAGAAAAAGAAAAUUUUGCAAAAGCAAUUAGAGCACGAAAUGAAAUUAAAACAGAAUAUACGUACAAAAAGUAGAUCUAUUUCACCACCCUCGCCUCCAAGAAUGUAUGACAGGAGUAGACGCACCUUCAAGAGAUCGCCGUCAACGCGAAGACGUUCACCAACACCAAAAGAAGAAAUAAUACGGAAUCGAAAACGGUCUGUGUCUCCAAGGUCGACGCUCGCCUUCACCGAGAACGAGGCGGUCGCGCUCCCCUGUCCUGAAAUACAGGCGUUCUCGUUCACGGACGCCAAAAAAUCUACGUUCGCGUUCUGGUUCUCUAGUACGCACGACAAAAAUACACUACCCAAAUAG